AUGAAAUUUCAGGUGAACGCGCAAAACAAAGGAGGAGCGACGGCAUUACAUUUUGCGGCUCUAAAUGGAAAUGCCUACCUUGUCGAGCUGUUACUCAGCCAUCCAGGCAUUGAUAUGAAUUUACGAAAUCGUGAUGGAAAUCGAGCAGUCGAUCUAUGCAAAGAUGUUCCUAAAAAAGCCUGGCAAGAUGUGGCGAAGUUACUUACAAAUUGGAAGAAGCUUGAAAAAAUACAAGUGGACUUCCUGGCAGCCGGUAAUGUUAUGGUCCAACUUACUGAUGGCGCAGAGACGCCUACUAGCGCUAUCCUGGCCGAAAUCGGUCGCGAACUGAACAUUGAAAGCGGCCAGCUAAAGGUGUUCGCCCUGUGGGUGUGUUCGGAAAGUCUAAGUCUCCAGUUGAAGCCUGAUCACAAACCGCUGGCACAUCUAAACGUGAAGAAAUGGCGGGCUAAGGUGGACAAGUGGACGGAUCAGGAGAACUCCCGCGAAAAACCGCAUCUAGUCCUUCGCCGCAGCGCGCAUGCAUCGCUUUCGACGGAACUGAAGUAUAUAAGGAGACUAGUAAAUCACUACAAUGGAACCGUUCAGCAUGUCACCGUGUUACAUAUGAAAGUGUCUGAAUACAGCGGAAUCAAUCGAUAUGUCGUAGCAUAG